CCACGAACUAUGCUCUUGGCCAGAGAGCUUCCUUUGCUCCUGUGCGUGGGGCUGGUGAACGGGUUUUAUCCCAGCCAUGAAUCGGAGGGCAUGGCAUCAAGUGCUUUCACCGACGCCGAUGUCCCAGAAAAGAGGGUGAGGCAGACUGUCGUGGAGAAAAACCCUCUGCCUGGAAAAUAUCUCAAGAAAGGUGGAGCCCUUAAAGAGACGAAUGGGACGGAACCAUUCCAAGCCCGUUUUGAAGGCAAAGGUGGACAUGGCAGGAAAAAUGAUGCCACCCAAGCUUCCUCCUCUCCUGGGGAAAGCCAUAAAAAGGGAACUGACCUUCUCCUCUCUUCUCAUUCCUAUUUGCACCAAGAAGCUGGACAAAUGGCCACUGAAGCCGCAAAGAACAUUUUUGUACGAGAUGAAGUUGUUAAGAGGAACGCUAGAGCCUCUCAAAGAGUCUAUGAAGAUUUAGCAUCCUUUUCUGGUGGCUACUUCUUGAACAUGAAGAAAAAGCAACUUUCUAAGGCCUUUGGCACAGUGGAGCUGUCCAUGAACGCCGCUCCUGUUAAAAUAGCCCAUAACUGUGUGGAUGGGUCCCAGUUCUCCUUCCCUGUGGAUGAAACUCUCUCCAAAAUAUCAAUCUCAGUCAAGACUUUAAGGCACGAGAGAUUCAACUUUAAUAUCUUCCAACCUUCAGGUGAUCCAUUCACCAAGUAUCGUAUGAUGAUUGACACAAGCAAUCACAAGAUCGUGGAGGUAUCUCCUCUCCCUCAGCCAGGUCGGUGGGCUGUAUCUAUGACUCCCGGCGGCUCUUAUGAGGUAGAGAUUAGAGGCAAGAGUUUGCUUGGCUUUACUUACCAGAUAAUGCAAAAGCAGAACGGCUACAUGCUUCCAAUCCAAGGACAGCCUGUGAAAGGAUCAAACUAUACCAUCUCCAUAAAGAUGCUGGAGGCAGCCAGAGGUAUCCAGAUGCAGCGUCUGGUCGUUUCUGAUGGACUAAGAGGUCCUAUUCACUCCAUCGUUUUAAACCAAACAUCUGAUGGCCUUGGCAAUAUCCUGACCUUUGUCCCAAUUCAUUUGGAUUCAUUGUCUCCAAUAUUGAGAGUGGAAGGCCUGUCGCCUGGCAACCUGCCCUUCUCACGCCUCAACACCAAUCCUAUCCAUGUGGCAUCAAUAAGGAUUCUACCCUUGGCCGACCAAGAUUGUACGUUGUUGCCCGGUGGGAGCCUAGAGGUCUCUGUCCAGGUGGUGAAUGAUGGAUCAGCAGCUGCAACAUUCACCUUUAAUGUCCGAGAUGACCUGCGUCUCACACAGAGCUUUAGACCAGCACAACGUUUCUUGAAGAAAGGAGAGAGCGCUGUUCUCGUGGCAACGUUUGUGGCACCUGUCAAUAGCUCCAAUUUUGCCUCAAGUCUUGCGACAUUUACAGCGAAAACCAGUUCAUCACAAAACUACCUGACUCUGCUCAUCACUGUCGUUCCCAAAACAGCCUCGGAAACUAAAGAAAACCCACCAGUCUAUCACCUUCUUCAAUUCUACAUGCCUUGUGGAGCUGACAGCUGGCAAAGACCUGACUGCUCUCAACACAUCUGGAACAUGACAUUUUCUGCUGAGGGUGCUGAAGCUGCUGUUAGUGUCCAGAUCAGCCCAGAUCCCAGCGCUUUAUCUUGUCAUUCAGAAGAGGAAGGUAGCAAUAAGAAGCUCAUCUGUGAUUACAAGUCCAGCUGCUGUUCUCCUUUAGCAGAAGUCCUGAUCAGUGAUGAGAAUGGCAACAUGAACAGUUUCACUGUGGAUUACAACACACAGCCUCCCACACCAGCCUUCAUCAGCAACUAGAUGACCAGAAGGCUAAAUCCGUCAUGACCACCACCGAUAUUCUGAGAGAUCCUCCAAUUUUCUUCAGUAGUAUUAUUGAGCGCGAUCCAACUGAUCAUCCAGCACUACAUCAAUAAUCAUU